GACUUGUGGCUGCGGUGUUCCCAAAAAUAUAUUUAUUCCCUGCUGGGCGACUACGUAUGCUCGGCUCUUCAGCCUCCCCCUGCCGGGAUGCGCUUGCGCCUUGAUACCGCUACUCCUCCGCCCUGAGCCGGUUUCAGCUGCAGCGCAGUACUAAAAGUGGUGGCAUUGGAGCCGUUCCAGUUCCGCUUUUUGAGACAAAUCCACUCCAUCAGAUCGCCGCUUCUAAGUUUCAGGUUCAGGUUGACGGCCCGGUUUCCUUCUCUGAAACCGAUCCUGCAAUCCCGGGACCGAGACAAAUGCAGGAAUGAAAUCAGAUUCCGUGCUUAUGAGCUACAUAUGAGGUGGUUGAUGCUGCCGCAUGCUUCAUCCCUAUCUUAUGCCUACAACAGGUGACCACGCCUUCGAACGCGCUUACAAAACUGUUGAUGAGACGUUGUCGCCAGUGAUGAUCUUCCUGCGCACAUUCUGACAGGUUUAACGCUGCUUGUGCUGUCUCAAGUUGGUACUAUUUACCUAGGUACACACGAUGAUCCGGCACCUCUCCAAAAGCCGAAGUGCACAAGCGUCGGUCUGGUGGCAUCGGCAGCGUGUUUUCAACCGCUCCGCGCGAGUAACUCACCCACACGCCAGUCGUGAUGUCAUGUUUAGGCGCUGUAUGGAGUCAGAGAAGCACUGAUACAGGUAGGUACGGUGCUUCACUUAGCUGCCGACCCGGGGUGCUGAAUUGGAGUUACCCCGUUCCAAUAGGUAGUGUCACCACAGUAUAAGCAACCCAACAGCCUUUAUAGCAGGUGUUUCUCAACAUUCAACUCUCACUCACCCAUCCCACAGCGCGAGUCCUCCAAACGAAAGAAUACAAUCAAUAUGCCGUUUCCGUAUAAAAAGGUGGUCGUAACCGGGGCGACAAGUGGUAUCGGCGAGGCGCUCGCUAGGAAAUUGGUUGACGACGGGUCUGUUGUCAUUGCGGUAGGCCGUCGCAAAGAGAAUUUGGAUAAGCUGGUGCAGGAAUAUGGGCAUGACAAAGUCCAAGGGAUCCAGUUUGAUAUCACACAACUAAAAUCAAUCCCUCACUUCGCAACCAACAUUAUCAAUACUCACCCAGAUCUUGACUGCAUCAUCCUGAAUGCCGGAAUUCAGAGACGAUCCGAUUUCAGUGACCCGGAUACCGUCGACAUCGACGUCCUUGAACUCGAGUUCAGGACCAACUAUCUUUCCCAGCUUGCGUUGACCAAGGCAUUCCUUCCGCACUUCCAGAAGAAAGAUGGUCAGUCUGCCUUGAUAUAUGUAACGUCUGGACUAGCACUUGUUCCCAUCGUUCGGUGCCCCAAUUACUGUGCGGCCAAGGCCGGGCUUCACCAAUUCAUCCUCUGUCUGCGAGAGCAAUUGAAGGGUUCGCGUACCAAGGUGGUGGAAUUGUUCCCUCCCGCGGUGCAGACAGAGCUUCACGAUGGAAAACAUCAGCCAGACAUCAAAAACGGAAGGGCAAUCGGGAUGCCGCUUGACGAGUUCACGAAUCAGGCGUAUGCUGGACUGGCCAGUGGAUCUGAGCAGGUGCCCGUUGGGACGGCGAAGCAGGCAUUUGACGCUUUCGAAGUCAAACGGCAGGAGAUCUUUGCACAAAUGGUGCAAGCGAUGCGCGGGAUGUGAUCGACCUAGGCAGUUGGUCCUGACCAGCCUUAUCCAGCUUGACACGAGCCUUGCAGACUGUGUGACUUUCAGCCACCACGCCAGCCUUGCAACUUCGAAUUCAAACCUAGCAGGAGCCAUUUGUCAGGCACUUGAUGUAGGUACCAGAUACCUCACCAAUGAUGGCAUUCAAGGCCUUUGUCCGCCGACCGCAUCAGGCCCCUGCUGACACAGCGGCUGACGCGCGGGAUUAUCUAAGUUAUAGGAUGCCGUAUUCCUACCUGAUGCUGGAGUCUGGCUGCGGUGGAUGGCAUAUGUUGAAAGCAGUGCCAGGAACAGAAAGAUCUGGGCGCGAUUCCACAAAGCUGUCCAGACUGAAGGGCCAGGACUCAAGGUAAUUACCCAAAAGAUAGGCACCCUCCAAGGUUGGAUGAUGGGCAUAGGGGUCUUAUGUCUCCUUGUCACCAGGACAUGUCAAUAUCUGGACAAACAAUAUAACUCGUUUCCCCUGUAAUGGACAAAUUCACCUUUCGCAGCCUUAGCCUGGACAUAGU